AUGGACCUCAUAAAAAUAUACAAACAGAACGAAAUUCUAAAGGAUUACGUAAACAUAUACUUCGAUGAUGAAAGGGAACCAAGUCUCCAGGAAAACAUAAAGUAUAAAAUUUUACACAUAAUCGGAAAUGGAGUAUACGGGGUGGUUUAUAAAGCCUACUGUCUGGACAGCUUAUGUGUCGUGGCCUUGAAGCAGACGUAUCAGAAAAAUGCUCGAAUUUUUAAGGAAGUGGAUAUUAUGAAAAAACUCAGACAUCCAAACAUAGUAAAAUUGAAGCAUGCAUUUUACACGGCCACUUCAAAUGGAGGAAUCUACGUCCAUAUGAUUAUGGAAUAUGGGAACACCGAUUUGGCCACCUCUCUUUACUAUGUUAGCAUAGAAAAUUCACCUGACCAUGUUAAUACUUUUUAUGAGCCAAGUGGGAACGAAGAAGGGUAUGUACAGAAUGGUAAUGGCGCUAUGCUUGGGGAUGACUGCUUAGACGAUGCGAACUUUACAGGUGGGAGGGACAAUCGGGAAGGGUCACACCAUAGCGACUCCACUCGACUGACCAGAGCACAAUUGGACUGUCCCAGGGGGGGAAGCGGCGUGAUCAAAAACGCGGUAAGUAACUUCAACAUAAACGCACUACAAGAAAGCAUCAGCCAUAUUUGUCCAUGUCACAAUAUAAGGGAGUAUAUUAAAAAAAGCUUCCUCAAUGAGAAUCAGAUUAAGAUUUACCUCUACCAAUUGAUUCGGGCGACCCUGUACCUACACACGCUGUGUAUAACGCAUCGAGACAUAAAGCCACAGAACGUCCUGAUCUUUCUUAACAAGCAGGGUAGCAGCGGGGUAGGGGGCUUAAGGAAGGGGGGCCAUCAAGGGGACAACAAAGGAGACAACAAAGGAGACAACAAAGAGUGCCUCGUGUGCAUUCAGAAUUCGUUCAAGGUUAAGUACAUAAUGAAUAGGCGACGUGGCGGGAGAAACCCAAGUGAAGCACAGGGGGCAAGUGAGGCGGCGCCUGGCCUGGCCGCGUCUGGCCAAUCCGCGAGAAGAAAGCCCUCCCGUGGUGGUAUCCCCAAUUCUGCUAACAAGGCCGAGGAGGAAGGUUCGCAAAAUGAGGAGGGAUCUUCCGAGAGGGGAAGAAGAGAGGAAACCCAUUCGGGUGACUGCCACCAUUGGAUGGAGACCACGUCGUGCGAGACUUCCCAAAGGAGAGUGCAAAGAUGCCACGGCCGCUACGGUAGGAGCAGUACGCCGUUUUCCGUCAAGUGCGUAAUGAGCAGUUUGGACAGAAAGGACAUGCAGUUAAAAAGAUCGGCGAGCAUGACCGAGUUAUUUAAGGACACCUACGACAUGGGUAGAGACAACCGCGAUGCGUGCGAGGCCAGUUUGAAGGAGGACUGCUCUCCCCUUUCUGCAAACAAUUUUAAGAGCGAGUCGAGAGAGGACAAAUCGGUUGUUCAGCUAGGGUCGCCCAAUUGGUGCACGGACAAGAGCCCCCUAGUUGAUGCAGAGAAGGAUAAAGUGGAAUGUCAUCCAAGUGAGAACGGGGGCGUCCCGCCUCCUCGUGACAGAGACAAUUCCUCCUCCAUCUCCUCCACGGAGGGGGAUAUAUUGUCCCGUUUCGAACUCAACCCAGAACACACGGAAGAGCAGAUCAGUCUCAACAGAAUAUAUAUGAAUGCCAUCACGUAUAAGUAUAUCAAAUUGUGCGAUUUUAACACCUCCAUUAAAUUGAAAGAGAAUUACAAGUAUUUCAGUUAUGUUUGUUCAAGAUAUUACAGAGCCCCCGAGCUGCUUUUCGGAUCGAAUUAUUACAGCCAGGCGAUUGACACCUGGUCGAUAGGCUGCGUCAUGGGAGAACUCAUCCUGGGGAAGCCCCUCUUCCUGGCAGAUUGUGCAUCGGAUCAGCUCGUCGAAAUAAUCAAAAUUUUGGGGACGCCCAAUGAUGAAGACUUCCUCUCGUUUAAAAGUGGCCACAAGAAUGUAAAGCUACCUCAAGUCAAACCAAUAACACUGAAGAAGCUGAUCAAAAAUCAGAGUUCUCAGGAGAGUAUCGAUCUGCUAGGGAAGCUUCUUCAGUUCAAUCCUCAAAAACGAAUCAAGCUCUGCAAUGCAUUGUUACACACCUACUUUGACGACAUACGGAAUUUAAAUGCUUUCAAGGAUGAUCGGAAUGGAGGGAGUACUUUCCCGUUGCCUUACAUAACAAACUGUUUCAACUUCACGAAGGAGGAGCUGCUACACUUCACCGUGGAGGAGCGAAAAAUCCUCGUACCACUGGAAGUACGGCGUAGGAAGUUGGACGAGGUGAUGCAGUACAUAGACAUGCCGCUGGAGAGCUUCGACAAGAUGUAUCCGAAUAAGGUGCACUUGGCGUGUUGA